GCGACAGCGGCGGCGGCGGCGGCGGAGGUGGCGGCCGGGCCCAGCCCCCGGCGCCAUGUGGUCCGUGGUCUGGGCGGCCGUGCGCUCCAAGGCCCCGUACGUCACCUUCCCGGUGGCUUUCGUGGUGGGGCUGGUGGGCUACCACCUGGAGUGGUUCCUCCGUGGCGACCCCCCGCCCGCGGCCGAGGAGGAGAAGAGCAUCUCGGAGCAGCGGGAGGACCGCAAGCUGCAGGAGAUCGCGGGCAAGGACCUGACCAAGGUGGUCAGCCUGAAGGACAAGCUUGAGUUCGCCCCUCGGGCCGUGCUGAACAGGAACCGCCCGGAAAAGAGCUAAUAAAGCUGUCUGGGCCAACGCGGUGCCCUGGAGCAACUGUCCUCGGCUGCCAGAGAGCUGUGUCCCCCAGCACCGUGCUGGGGACACCCCUGUCACCUCCACAUCCUUCACCAGCCUCCCUCCUGGGCCACAUGCUGUGCCCACUGCUGCUCUUCACCCUCCCGGGGCCCGCUGGAGGGUCAGGGUUUGCCCACCCCAUGGAUGUGCUCAAGACACAGCACCCAGACCCCCUCCUUCAUGAGAGCGUGGGCAGGGAGCCACGCUUUGGAGGUGGAGCGUGUCUGAAACUUAUCACCUCUUGGCCUGUCCUGGAACCACGAAAGCCCCUCGGCCUCCUUUCACCCGUGUCUCUUUAGCUGCGGUUCCUCCCAUGGCGUGAAGGUAGAAGAAACGUGGACUUGAGUGACGUGGGGUCGGGGUCAGGCUAACUGCCUGUGGCGGGAGGACCUGCUGUCUUGCUCACAGCUCUCCCAAGGCUCUUGGUGAGCCCCGACCAUGCUGCCACGUUGCACCCCCCGGGAGCCUGAGCGGCGCUGGGGAUCCCUGGGGAACUCCUCUGCAUCAUCCCCAGGCUGCGCAGCGAGGAAGGGGGACGAGGGGAAGUGGAAGUCCUGGCCCUGCUUCUGUUGUGGAGCUCCACUUGUGGAGCUCUGAGCGUGGUGGUGGCUUUGGACCGGUGUGUAGAGAGCGGGGAGAUCUCUGCCCUGUACAGGAACAGUCAGAAUAAACUUCUGCCAGUC